GAGCCGUUACAAGGGAAAUAAUACCCACUACUACUAUCACCACAAUUCGUUUAUGCGUGCCAGGCCAGGCUGCCAGUGUGACUGUCUUUUAGACCACUACCUAGUUGAGCCGCUUAUGAAAACGUAAUUGUUGAGGACUGCAGUUAGGUCUCCGGUUCUGUAUUACGUAUAGACUAGGUACUUGAGUUGCAGUAAACAUGAAGCCUGGGAAUGGGCAUAUUACCUGUGUUCCUGGAGAAAGGUUGUGUGAAGCCAGCAGUAACCAUAUUGCAGGAGAAGGCACAUACUCAUUUAACAAGUACAUUUAUGCAUCUUUAGCUGGUCAAGUUACUGUUACGACUAAAGGAGAUUUACAAAUUGUAAAGGUCACGCUAGGGCGCCAGGGAACUGUUAUGCCAGAAGCUGGAAGUGUGGUGACUUGUCGAGUUUUAGAAGUCAAUCCUAAUCAGGCACGCGUAUCAAUAUUAUGUGUCGGUCCAAACAAGCUGCAUUCACCAGUUUUAGGAACUGUAAGGAAAUUGAAUGUUAGAGAACACCAGAUAGACACGGUGGAAAUGUAUAACUGCUUCAGACCAGAUGAUAUCAUAAUAGCAGUUGUUCUAUCUCUUGGGGAUAUCCGAAACUAUGAACUUUCAACUGCAGGUCCAGGGUUUGGGGUAGUAACUGCUUAUUGUGAAGAUGGUCAUCCUCUUGUGCCCACUUCCUGGACAACAAUGCGGUGUAAGUGCAGAACAGAGAGAAGAAAAGUUGCACGUGUCAUGCCACCAAAGAAUCCUGUUGUUUAAUAUGAAGUAUUUUGCUGUCUUAUGUAUAAGUUUUGGAUGAUUUUCUUAUACUAUUGGAAAAUAAAGUGAAUAGAUAUU